ACCCGCGACCCACAUAUUGUGAGUCGAGUGCCCUAACCACUUGACCAUGCAGGGCCCGUGCCGAAAGUAGGCGUGCUGUAGAGGACGCUGUGUUGAGCAUGGACUUAAAGUUUGAGUAACGGAGUGAAUGCUUCGAGUUCAAUAGUUAGAAGUAAUACUGUUUGGAACGAUAAGUUUAACUUGAAAAUGGCUAGUGUUGAAAAUGCUAUAUAUCUUUUACGUCAAAUUGGCCGAUAUAUGAAACGUUACGAAGAACUUUUAGCGGUUGUUGGUGCAUUAUAUGCUAGUAAAAUUACAUUUAUUGUUGCGUGGAAAGUACUUCAAGGCUUCCGUGUGUAUAUCCUUUCUCGUCUCCGUCAGCAAGAUUUCAAGGGGUAUGGAAAAUGGGCAGUUAUUACAGGUGGCACUGAUGGAAUUGGAAAAGCAUAUUGUAGGGAAUUUGCUAACCAUGGACUAAACAUUGUUAUCAUCAGUCGUAGCUUGGAUAAAUUAAAAGCUACUGCUGAAGAACUAGAGAAAGAUUUUGGUAUUUCUACCAGCAUCAUCCAAGCUGACUUUACUGAAGGCACUAGGAGCCUGUAUACAAAUAUAAAGGAACAGUUGGCAGAUAAAGAGAUUGGAAUUUUAGGUAAUUUUGUUACUUGUAAUUUCCAUCCACUUUCAAAAACAUUUGCCAGCAUUAAACUGUGGCAGUGUAUCAAUGUCAAUAUGACCACUGUUACUAUGAUGACAUAUAUUGUUUUACCACAGAUGGCUCAACGGCGGAAAGGACUUAUCAUCAAUAUGUCAUCCAUUUCAUCAUUUUAUCCUCUCCCAUUAAUGGCAGCAUAUUCUGCUUCAAAGGCAUAUGUGGAUUGGUUUUCUCGAGCUUUAAACUAUGAAUACAAAUCCAAAGGAAUAACGAUCCAGACUCUCUUGCCAUCCUACAUAUCAACCAAACUUACCCGCUUCAGUCAUUUUUUACAAAAACCAGGUUACAUUGUUCCUGAUGCUCACAGUUUUGUGAACAGUGCCCUUUGCACAGUUGGAACAACCAAUCGAACAACAGGAUAUUGGACACAUGGCCUUCAAUGGUGGUGGUAUGAACAUAUGCCAGAGAGUUUGUGGAAUCUAUCUUCAUGGGUGCUAUUGAAGAUGCUUGACAGUGGUGAGUUACGACUGGAUCUGCAAAAAAAGAAACAUUCAUAGCUACAUUUUCUGUACAGGAAUACUUUUUUCUCUUGUAAAGGAAAGCUCUGUUUUUUUUUUGUACAUACAUAAUGCAUAUAAAUAUACCAGGUGGUUGUGAGAAAUGCAGUAUGGAAGUUAUUUUUACCAUUCUAUGAGUGACCAAGUGUUAAGAGAAGAAAAAACUGUGUAACCAGCAAAGGUGCAUUUGUCACGUAUAAUCUAGAUAUCAAUUUAUAAGUUGCGUACAAUCCCAUUUUAAGGUAUAGAUUGCUAUUAAAUCACCUAUUUAUUUGUUUUUCUAACCUUAGAUAAUAACAACCUUUUUUUUUUCACUCAAAAUAAAACUACCUUCAUUCACAUAAAAGUUUUUCUCCCAGUAUCUAAUUACACCCAAAAAUUGCAUCUGUGACAAAUAGUUGAUAUUUGUAAUUAGCCCAGUUCUCUAAGUGUGUUCUGUAAUGUGGUCUUAACUUCUAUUUUUUAUUAGUAUUGGCUUGAAGUGUAAGAUGGAAGAUACGGUAUUGUAGAUUUAAAAGAAUAACCAAAAAAGUUGUUGUAAAAGAUAAUUAUUAUUAUGUCAUUGUCACUAAUAAAAUCAAAACAGAGUAUUUGCAAGGUAUUUUUCUAAUAAGUAACUUGGUUCAUGCUUGAAACAAGUCAUUGCUAUAAUAUAUGCAGUUAUAUAUGUAUAUAUAAAUAUGAACAAAUACUUAAAUGUACAAAAACGUAAGACAGGGGUCUCUUUUCGUUAUACAUUAAGAUAACUAGUAAAUGUGUAGUAAACAAUAAAUAUUUACUUAAGCUCAUUGACAUUAAGAGAUUGAUAGAUUUUUGUGAUACACGAUUUUUAUUUUUUUUUAUUAGUGUUGCUUCUAUGUCCUUGAAACAUAGUUAAAUUAUUCAGUCCUGACAUUAGCCAAAUUGAAAUUGAACAACAC